AGUCAUUUUAACAAGCUUUGAGAGAGAAAAUAAAGACGGAGAGGGCGAAAAUGAGAAGAGGGUUAGUGAUGCUCUGCUUUAUAGUGGCGGCAAUCGUAAUUUGCAGUCACCGGUCGGCUACGGCAAAAGAGGAAGUGAGAGUAUCUAUACUGAGGGAGAAUGUUGGCAGGAGGUUCUUGCUUUGCGUGAUGAACCCAAGUAGCAGCUGCAUAACCGAAUGCUGUGACUCAUUCAACUUCAAGGCUUCGCCUCUACAAAAGUGCAUCUACUGGCGUGGUGCCGAGCGAAUGGAUAAACAAGCUUUGACCACUCUUCAAAAUUAUUGUGGCUUCAAAACUCCUCCUUGUCCACAUAAGCAAGAAAUCAACCUGGCUGAAAUUAGCGAGGCCAUAGACAACAACAGUGGUAGCAAGCAGCAAGUGAAAGAGGCGGCUACGUGUUGUGCAAAGGAUAAAGAAAAGAUAAAGAAUUGCAUGUUUAAUACAACCUCCAUUGACCAAUGUUGCCCAACAUUCAAUAUUAUGCUUGGACGUAACUGCGGGUGCUACAAUUACGCUAAGGAUUUAGACAAUCAAGUUCUCAUCACACUUGAGAGUUACUGUGAUGUCACUAAUCCAUGCAAGACUGUUCAAGUGAUGUAGUUUUUUGAGAGGGGAAUGGAAGUAAUUCUAAAAAAAUGUUUGUGUUCUAUUGUAUGGUUAACUACUGGUCCUCUCUGUAGUAAAGUUUAAUUGUUAUGUUUUAAUUUAGUGGGUGUAUCUGCCAA